AUGCUGCCCCGCUCAACAGGCCUCGCGAGAGCAGGACUUGCACCGGCGCGCACGGGCCUGCUGCUUAUGGUGGCGAAGCAGCCGGCGGUGUCGGCCUUUCCUGCUCUAACAGCGGCGGGAGUGGCGACCGCCUCCGACGGCAGUGACGACCUCGAGCAGAAAAUCGCUGCCACUGUCGCUGCGCACCCGGUGGUGGUCUACUCCAAGUCGCGGUGUGGCUACUCAGCCCGCACGAAAUCUCUCUUCGACAGCCUCGGCGUCGAGUACCACGCCGUGGAACUGGACAAGGCUGCGGAUGGCGCCGCGAUGCAGACGGCUCUGGCGCGGCUGACCAAGCAGCGGACAGUCCCAAAUGUAUUCGUGCGAGGCAGCCACCUUGGCGGCAACGAUGCGACGCAGGCGGCCGCCCUCAGCGGCGAGCUCCAGAAGAUGCUCGGCUUGACCUCAUGA